AAAAUGAGUAUAAAUUAGUAAAAGUUACCAAAAAUCUCUCAUAUUGCCUCAAAAUUGAUCAAUGGCUGAUUGCUACCUUCCUCCUGAAAUUGUGAGAGAAAUCCUUCUAAAACUUCACGCUAAAUCUUUACUUCGAUUCACAGUCGUCUGCAAAUCAUGGCGUUCCCUCAUCACCAGUUCUCCUUUCAUCUCCACUCACCUCGCCCAAACCCCACAUUCCUCCAACACCCUUCUUGUUAGGCGUUACAUUACAACUCGCCAUAAAGAGCAUUAUUCGUUGUUUCAAGACUCCAAGAAUCGACCCUUUUCAUUGAAUUUCACAUCGGAAUUGCAUUUCCCUUUCAAUUUCCAACGAGGGUAUUUCAGCAUUGUUGGCAGCUGCAAUGGCAUCCUGUGUUUGUCAGAUGAUUUGGUUGGUACGUUGCGGAAUUUUGUUCUGUGGAACCCUUCUAUUCAGAAAUUUAUAACUUUACCUUUGCCUUUGAUUAAGCCUCGGUGGCGUUAUAUGUCUGUUCUUGGAUUUGGUGCUGAUUUGCCUGAGACUGGUGACUAUAAGUUGGUUAGACUUGUAUAUAGUAAGAAUGAUGGUGUUGUGUAUAAUCUUCCUCCUGAGAUUGAAAUUUAUUCGACUAAUAGUGGAGUUUGGAGGAGAGUGAUGGGGGUUGAGAUUAAGCAUUAUAUAGUGGAGUUUUUCUUGUCUCAGGCUUUUGUAAAUGGAGCUGUACAUUGGAUUGCGUAUGAUGUGGUUCCAAAUGGUGGUGGAGUUCGGAGUUUAGUUAUGUCUUUUAGUAUAGCAGAUGAGGUGUUUGAGGACGUUAUGUUGCCGGAUGCUUUAGUUGGUGUGAUUCCAACGGAUUUAUCGAUUAUGUUGUUUGAGGAAUCACUUGCUGUUGUUAAGUAUGAGAGGGAGAUAGAUGAUUCUUUAUGUGAAGUAUGGGUGAUGAAGCAGUAUGGAGUUUUGGAAUCUUGGAGUAGAUUGUAUCGUAUAAAUUUGGUUGCAGGUAUGGAGGAAAUAGUUGGAUUCAGGAACAAUGGUGAAGUUUUGUUUUCAAAUAAGAGCAAUAAUCUGGUUUCUUAUGAUCCAAAUAGUGGACGAAAUAGGGGUCUUGGUAUUCAAGGUUUCUCUUGCUCCUUUCAUGUUCAGAAUUACAGGGAAUCACUUGUUUUGCUCGAAGGGAACAGUGUCAUUUCUGGUAGGGUCUUGGAAAGAGUUGGAGAUUAUUGGCUUUAUGCUUUAUCGAAGCAAUAACGAAGAAUGUGAUUAGAAGGUAAGGCAUUUUCAAGGUAGUGGAAGUGGAAUCUGUUCUAUCAAAUUUGGUAGACUUAGUUUAGAGCUAUCUGAUAACUAUAAUGUACUGAAUUUUGAACUUUUUGCAUUACAUGAGUUGUUAGUAUGCUCUUGUUACUUUUUGAUGUUUAUUUCCUGUUUAUUGUGAAGCCUUAUCCUAAUCAAGUGAUGGACCUUGUCUUUAUCAGUUGACUAUCAUAUUAUUUUGUCUGAUGUUA